AUGGGAUAUAAGAUCCAGGUCCCCACGGAUGAGUCUCGCUUCUGCUCCCUCCUGCGCCAGCUCCUCGAGGACCACAAGGACGUCGUCACCCUCCUGGCCGAGGGCCUGCGGGAGUGCAGGCGCCACAUCCAGGACGAGGGCCUCAUCCGCCUCUUCCUGGACCAGACCCUCACGUCCCGCCUGGGCAUGCGGAUGCUGGCUGCCCAUCACCUGGCUCUGCACGAGGACAAGCCGGACUUCGUGGGCAUCAUCUGCACCCGCCUCUCGCCCAAGAAGCUCAUUGAGAAGUGGGUCGACUUCGCACGGCGCCUGUGUGAGCAGCAGUACGGCCACGCCCCCCGCGUGCGCAUCAACGGUCACGUGGCCGCCCGCUUCCCCCACAUCCCCCUGCCCCUCGACUACGUCCUGCCCGAGCUGCUCAAGAACGCCAUGAGGGCGACGAUGGAGUUCCACCUGGACACCCCAUACAACGUGCCCGACAUCGUGGUCACCAUCGCCAACAACGACAUCGACGUCGUCAUCCGGGUGUCGGACCGCGGCGGGGGCAUCCCCCACGAGCUCCUGGACAAGGUCACCCAAUACCACUUCAGCACGGCCGAGGCCAGCGCCCAGGACCCACGCUUGGGGGGCGGCCCCUUCCGCGGCCUCAUGGAGCCCCCUGCCGGGCCCAUGCACGGGUUCGGCUUCGGGCUCCCCACAUCCCGCGCCUACGCCGAGUACCUGGGGGGGUCGCUGGCGCUGCAGUCGCUGCAGGGGGUGGGCACCGACGUCUUCCUGCGCCUGCGCCACAUCGACGGCAAGGCCGAGAGCUUCCGCAUCUGAGGGCGCCCCACGGCGGCCGGGG